AUGAGUGAAAAUCUUGUGGAUUACCGACCGAAUAAAUCGCGAGUCAACGGAACAGGGACGGAACUGGAUACCUACUCUAAGCCGACUUUCAAACCGUCUCUUUCUGAAAAUGUAUCCGAUGCAGACGCAUCCGACGCCGAGUUCGAUGAUAAACGGGAUGACGAUGGGGACACUAUCGCACCACUGGAUCCUCAUCGGUCAUCAUUUCGUCGUGUAGAAUCGGCGGAAUCGACUCCGAUCCCUCUGGUUCAGUUCUUACGCAGUCGUGGACAGAUACCAGACUCGAGUUCGGACACAAUUACAGAUUCAGGCAUAUUGGAUACGGGAAAUCGAUUCGACUACCCAACCGGACUAGCUCUGUAUCGUGCAGCUCGUCGACGUCUAAGUAACGUAUCCGUGACUGAGUUUUUGGCCUCUGACACAGUGAAAGACACAAUCCGAGCGCAACGACGUUCAGUUCCCAUACAAACAUUCUGGUCUUUGGAACGUGGUCGUAGAUGUAGUGAACCGGUGGACUUGAUCGCUUCCUCUUGUGUCCCCAAACACGCAUCUGGUCCGUUUCCUCCCUCUGUUCAUCGAGCGUCCACAGGCGAUAUCGAACUGGAUAACAAUGAUCAUAAUAACGUUUCAUGUACCUCCAUUUCCGGUCUUCAAGGUGUACCAACCAACUCGUCAGACAGUGACGUGUUCUAA